AGUAUUUUCCACAAAAUGCAACCGGGUUUAACACUGAUUCUAGCCGUCUUCGGCUUCGGCUGCCUCUGGCAAACGGGACAGGCGUGUCAGGCUAUCGAGCAGCGCUUCAAGUUUGAUAACAGUGACAUUUACAUAAGGCUGCGACGCGGGGAUAAGUUGCAGUACGAGGUGAUGAAAGGAAGUCGUAGUCUGCAGACGGUCACAUUGGAUAACUUUGUGACCAGCAGCAAUUUGGAGGCCACCACAACGGGCAGUUACAAGUUGAGCGAUGGCACAACGAGCAUUGAGUUCUCACUGGUCAAGUCCACCACAAGUGUCACCCACAUCCGUGUGGCACGUGAUCAGGUGGUGAAGGGCACACAGCCCAGGGAUUGCUUGGCACUGAAUACAGGUCGCACUCAUUGGUAUGGAGGUGCGGAACAGAAGGAGCAUUAUUGGCCUGUGGAGCGACAGCGUUAUAGCAAUUUCUCAUAUGUUCCCAAGGAGCUGGGCAACAUGGGCGUGGCCGAGCGCUACUGGGUGAACAGUGAUGGAUUCUUCCUGUACGUGGAUAACACCACGCCACUGUUCAUCGAUCAGAAUGCAGUCGGAUAUGAGGAUCAACUAUGCAUUAGUGCACUCAGUGUACUGCCCUAUGAUCCACGCCUGUCCUAUGCCAAGUUCAGCUAUCAACUGGCAUUUGCCAAGGAUGCAAAGGCGGCGCACAUGUACGCGGUGCAGACGCUGCUGGGAAAGCCAACUGGCUAUCCCGACGAGCGAAUGGUCCAGCAUCCCGUAUGGUCGACGUGGGCGUUGUACAAGGCGGAGGUCACCGAUCAGGUCGUCCGCGAUUUUGCCCAACAAAUCAUCGACAAUGGUUUUGAGAACAGUCAGCUGGAGAUUGAUGAUGACUGGGAGGACUGCUAUGGUGCACUCACUUUCCGCAAGAAUAAGUUUCCGGAUACCAAGAAGCUGACUGAUGACCUCAAGGCACUGGGCUUUCGGGUAACUCUUUGGAUCCAUCCGUUCAUCAACAACAACUGCACGGCCAUCUAUGAGACGGCCAAGCAACUGGGUUACCUUGUGGUGGAUCAUGAGGGCAGUGCUGACACUCAGUGGUGGAACAGCAAGCCAAAGGAUGCCGCCUAUCUGGACUUUACAAAGACGGCGGUGCAGGAGUGGUUCACCACACGAUUGAAGCGUCUUCAGACGGAAGAUGGCAUUGAUAGCUUCAAGUUUGAUGCCGGUGAAACCAGUUGGUUGCCCACUGAUCCCGUGCUCCAAGGUGAUGCCCAUCAGACUCCGCUCCAGAUCUCUGGCGACUAUGUGCGCACGGUGGCUGCAUUUGGAGAUGUGGUUGAGGUGCGCUCUGCCCAAAGCACACAGGAUUUACCCAUCUUUGUGCGCAUUGUGGACAAGGAUUCCGAGUGGGGUUGGAACAAUGGUCUCGUCACGCUAAUCACAUCGCUGCUGCAGAUGAAUCUGAAUGGUUACCCAUUUGUGCUGCCGGACAUGAUCGGAGGCAAUGGCUACAACGAGAGGCCGCCCAACAAGGAACUCUUUCUCCGUUGGCUGCAGGCCAACGUCUUCAUGCCCAGCCUGCAAUUCUCCUUUGUGCCCUGGAAUUUUGACACUGAAACCAUCGAGAUAAGCAAGACAUUCACCAAGUUGCAUGCCGAUUAUACGCCUUAUAUCAUGAAGCUCUUCAAACGGGCCACGGCAACCGGCGAACCCGUCAAUGCACCACUCUGGUGGAUUGCCCCCAAUGAUGCAGUUGCUCAAAGCAUCUACGAUGAGUUCCUACUGGGCGACGACAUCAUUGCGGCGCCUAUUGUUACAGAAGGUGCCACCAAGCGUGACAUUUAUCUGCCGGAGGGACAGUGGACUGAUGGCAAUGGCAAUGAUGUCUAUACAGGUCAUGUGUGGCUCAUGGAGUACCCUGCACCGCUGGACACGCUGCCUUACUUUGUGCGUGUUGGCUUCCAGUUGGAUUAGUUUACAUAAUUAUCAUUUCAAAACAUUUAAGUUUAAAGACUUUAAAGAUUAUUAAAAUCAGUUUAUCAUCACACAAAUAAA